UUCUCAUUGCCUGGUAAUCCGAAGGUGGUGCAGAGAAGGGUUGGGCACUAUAUAAAAAAAAUAGGGGUAGGCAGUAUUCUUGCAGAGCUCCUUCCUCGUAACUGGAGUGAAGUUAGUGCUCUGUGAGAGGCAUCACUUCCCGCUCACUGUAAGCCAUGGCUGAUGAUGAGAUUGCAGCGCUGGUGGUGGACAAUGGAUCCGGGAUGUGCAAGGCUGGGUUUGCGGGGGAUGAUGCCCCCAGAGCCGUGUUUCCCUCCAUUGUGGGGCGGCCACGACACCAGGGUGUGAUGGUGGGAAUGGGUCAGAAAGACAGCUACGUUGGUGAUGAAGCCCAGAGCAAGAGGGGCAUCCUGACCCUGAAAUAUCCAAUUGAGCACGGGAUUGUGACCAACUGGGAUGACAUGGAGAAGAUCUGGCACCACACUUUCUACAAUGAGCUGAGAGUGGCCCCAGAGGAGCACCCUGUCCUCCUCACAGAGGCGCCCCUCAAUCCCAAAGCCAACCGGGAGAAGAUGACCCAGAUCAUGUUUGAGACCUUCAACACCCCAGCCAUGUACGUUGCCAUUCAAGCUGUGCUGUCCUUGUACGCCUCUGGCCGCACCACUGGUAUUGUGCUAGAUUCUGGAGACGGUGUGAGUCACACCGUGCCAAUCUAUGAAGGCUAUGCCUUGCCACAUGCUAUCCUGCGUCUGGACCUGGCUGGCCGGGAUCUCACCGACUACAUGAUGAAGGUCCUGACUGAGCGUGGGUACUCCUUCACAACCACAGCCGAGAGGGAGAUUGUCCGUGACAUCAAGGAGAAGCUCGCCUAUGUGGCCCUAGAUUUUGAUUCUGAGAUGCAGACAGCCAGCUCCUCCUCAUCCCUGGAGAAAAGCUAUGAGCUCCCUGAUGGCCAAGUUAUCACCAUUGGCAAUGAGCGUUUCAGGUGCCCAGAAACCCUCUUCCAACCCUCCUUCAUUGGGAUGGAAUCUAGUGGGAUCCAUGAGACCUGUUUCAACAGCAUCAUGAAAUGUGAUGUGGACAUCAGGAAGGAUCUGUACGCCAAUACGGUCAUGUCCGGUGGAACCACCAUGUUCCCUGGGAUUGCUGAUCGGAUGCAGAAGGAAAUCACAGCCUUGGCUCCAAGCACCAUGAAGAUUAAGAUCAUUGCUCCACCAGAGAGGAAGUAUUCAGUAUGGAUCGGAGGUUCCAUCCUGGCUUCUCUCUCCACGUUCCAGCAGAUGUGGAUCAGUAAGCAGGAGUAUGAUGAGUCUGGUCCCUCCAUUGUCCAUCGCAAGUGCUUCUAAUGGCCCCGUAUCAUGUGUACUUGCUGUGACCAUCAGCCUUGACCCUUUUGCAGCUCCCAUCAACCCUGCCUUUAUGAUUUAGUGCACACUCAAUGAUUCCAUCCUUCCCAUUGAAAGGAUAACUAGCAGGCCAUGCCACUACUUCCUACUUCCAUGAUGCCAUGUUUUGGGUGGGAUGGAGGGGAGAGUUACUCCAUUGAAACAUUUCUGGGAGUGGAAUGGCAAGGGUUAGUCAUACCUCCUGACUUUGUACCAUUGUGGAUUUGCUUUUAUUGCAAAAAUAAAGACUUUUUUUUGUCAA